UAAUGACGAUCACAUUCAAAGGAACAGCACAAGAUUGAACCACUGUUCAGAUAGCCACAAAUUGUUAAGCGAAAACCGAUUCAGACAACGAAGAAGAGCGUCCAGUAGAAGCGUCCCCCAGAUACAGGAACUUGCUGAUGAGACGGCCUUUAGCUUGGUCGACUCAUUUUGUCGGUCUGCUAGGUGGUUUUGUCGUUCUUUCAAAUCAAACGGACGCAAGCUGGGUAGAUCCGGACACGAAGCAAGCUCAUUUGACGACGCAACCCCUCGCAAAUGAAGACAACCGAGCGUACGAGCUAGUGUUUUCGGAUGAGUUUGAGCAAGCCGGGAGGAAAUUUGCAGAUGGGAGUGAUCCUCGAUGGACAGCAAUCAACAAAAAUGACUAUACGAACGAAGCCUUGCACUUUUACAGUCACGACAACGCGCACACGUCCAAUGGGGUGUUGAAUAUUACUACCGUUGAAAAGGAAAACGUUUAUAAAGCAUUUAACGAGCACACAAAGCAGUUCUACGCCGAUAAGAAAUAUGUGCAGAGCGGGAUGCUACAGAGUUGGAACAAGUUUUGUUUCGUUGGCGGCAUCGUCGAGUUUUCGGCAAAACUACCCGGAGAUCCACACAAAGGAGGAUUGUGGCCCGCUCUGUGGAUGCUCGGAAACUUGGCUCGGGCAACCUAUGUAGGUUCUUCCGACUAUGUUUGGCCAUUCAGUUACAACCAAUGCAAUCCCAAGACCCGACAGAGCCAAGAGAUCAACGCUUGUUCUUUAGUAAACCAUUACGGAUUAGCUCCGAAAAGCGGUCGAGGUUCUCCUGAGAUUGAUAUCCUGGAAGCGAUGCAAGGCGAACCGGGAGAUUUACCAAAUACUUUCAUCCAACGACCAUACCAAUCAACCUCAUUACAAGUGUCACCUGGCAUUGAAAUAGAUCGGCCUAUUCUGGGAAAACGACCACACGAGGGUCACUGGUACCCAGACUUAGAAUAUAGCAGUCAGAACAAAUCAGACUUGAAUCCGUUCUUUUACGGAGUCACGCUGGUGCACAAGCCUAACUCUUACACGUACCAGUCAGACGCCCUGUCGGCAAACUUGCAGCUAAAAGCCACGCACUAUAGCAAACAGCAUGUCUACCGAGUCGAAUGGGAACCACCGGCAGAAGACGGCACAGGAGGCUACAUAAAGUGGUUUACCGAUGGGGAGCUUAUCUACGGGAUUCAUGGCAAAAGUCUUGACAUCAUGAAGACGGAGAUUCCUAGCGAACCGAUGUAUUUGUUAAUGAAUACGGCAGUGUCAAGUCACUGGGGCUUUCCUCAGCCAUGCCCUGAAGGCUGUUCUUGCAAGUGCUUUGAAUGCGGGAACCCAGAGUGUGCGUGUGCAAUACCGUCAGGGUAUUGCGACAAUUUUCCUGCCUCCUUUGAGAUCGAUUAUGUUCGUGUGUAUCAGGCUAUCAAUGAAUCUAAGCACAUUUUGGGAUGUUCACCAGAGGCACGGCCAACUGCAACGUUUAUCGAAGGACAUGCAAAGCGAUAUAUGACAGAAGGGCAGCGACGGCCGCUAGAACCCGUCGUGACAGGCGGUGGGAGCUGUUCUAGCCACAAAGACUGCGGAGGAAUCGAGCGAGGCGUUUGCUCAGCUUCAGGUCUCUGUGAAUGCUCGGAGUACUCAGCUGGUCCGCUGUGCUUAGCACAUGCAGCCUUCUACGAUUUUGAUACCAGCAAACAACCAAAAAUAUUUUCAUAUCGUCACAUACACUUCCCAUCGAGUCUCAUGGUAGUGGUCAGUUUGCUGAUUGGAGGCUUUCUGUUGUCGAUGGCUUCGGCGGUAAGGGAAAAGUCGAAAGAGCCGAAAUACAGCAACGUGAAUGGGGGAACGAGUAAUUUAUCUUUCCAGACGACAGGAUCUGGAGCUGGUGUCGGCUCUUACCAGAACCCAGAUGGUGCAACUUUCACUGUACCUGCAAAUCAAAAGGAUGUGACCUAUUGCGUCAUCGAUGGACGACUAGUCGAUCAAGACCAUAACUAA